GCCGUCCUCCGACCGUCCGCGCGCAGUUUGGGAGGAAAGAUGUUCACGGUGCUGACCCGCCAACCUUGUGAGCAAGCAGGCCUCAAGGCCCUCUCCCGAACCCCAGCCAUCAUCACCUUGGUGGUCUUGCUUUUGAGUGUUGUGGUGCUUGUGGCCAUCACACUUAUCCAGUUUCACCACAAAGAGGUCCUCCUUCCAGGACUGAAGUAUGGGAUCGUGCUUGAUGCCGGGUCUUCCAGAACCACCAUCUACGUAUAUCAGUGGCCAGCGGAGAAGGAGAAUAAUACUGGAGUGGUCAGUCAAACCUUCAAGUGUAGUGUGAAAGGCUCUGGGAUCUCCAGCUAUGGGAAAAACCCCCAAGAUGUCCCCAAAGCCUUUGAGGAUUGCAUGGAAAAAGUCAAGGGGCAGAUUCCAGCCCACCUCCAUAGAUCCACCCACAUUUACCUGGGGGCCACGGCUGGGAUGCGCUUGCUGAGGUUACAAAAUGAAACAGCAGCUAAUGAAGUCCUUGCAAGGAUCCAAAACUACUUCAAGUCCCAGCCCUUUGAUUUUAGGGGUGCUCAAAUCAUUUCUGGGCAAGAGGAAGGGAUAUAUGGAUGGAUUACAGCCAACUAUUUAAUGGGAAAUUUCCUGGAGAAGAACCUGUGGCAUAUGUGGGUGCAUCCAAAUGGAGUGGAGACCACAGGUGCCCUGGAUUUAGGUGGUGCCUCCACCCAAAUAUCCUUUGCGGCUGGAGAGAAGGUAGGGCUGAACACCAGCAACAUCAUGAAAGUGUCCCUGUAUGGCUAUGUGUACACGCUCUACACACAUAGCUUCCAGUGCUAUGGCCGGAACGAGGCUGAGAAGAGGUUUCUGGCGAUACUCGUUCAGGAUUCUCCCACCAAAACCAAUAUCAUCAACCCCUGUUACCCUCGGAAUUAUGUCACCACCCUCACUGGGGGCUACAUAUUUGACAGCCUGUGCACAGCAGACUUGAGGCCUGUAAAUUAUGACCCUGAUGACAUCAUCACUUUUGAAGGAAGCGGAGACCCAUCACUGUGUAGGGAAAAGGUGGCUUUCCUGUUUGACUUCAAAGCUUGCCAUGACCAAGAAGCCUGUUCCUUUGAUGGGGUUUAUCAGCCAAAAGUUAAAGGGGCAUUCGUGGCUUUUGCAGGAUUCUACUACACAGCCAGUGCUUUCAAUCUUUCGGGGAGCUUUUCCCUGAAAGCCUUCAACUCAAGCACCUGGGAUUUCUGCUCAGAGAGCUGGAGUCAGCUCCCGCUGCUGCUCCCCAGGUUUGACGAGGUAUACGCCCGCUCCUACUGCUUCUCAGCCCACUAUAUCUACCACUUGCUUGUGAAUGGAUACAGAUUCACCGAGGAGACCUGGCCCCAAAUACAUUUUAAAAAAGAAGUGGGGAACAGCAGCAUAGCCUGGUCUUUGGGCUACAUGCUCAGCCUGACCAACCAGAUCCCAGCCGAAAGCCCCCUGAUCCACCUGCCCAUGGACCCACCUGCCUUUAUGGGUAUCCUUGCCUUCUUCACAGCAGUGGCCUUGCUGUGUCUGGUGUUUCUGGCGUGCCUGUAUGCUUCGUCCAGGAAGCAGAGGCGCUCCCAGCAUGCCUUCGACCACACAGUGGAUUCUGAGUGA